GAGUCCAAACGGAGAGAGGUCUUUUCUCCCCUUCUAUUGAAUCUCAGAGUUGGCCGUGACGCGCGGCCCAGGGGAAGAGCGCACGGAUCCCAGCAGAAUGCCACGACCCUCGAGCUUCCUCCGCCGACGACUCGUGUUGGGGAACCGGUCCGCGCUCUGAGAGCAACUCGCCUUCCUGGGAGAGACGCGGCGAGUGCGGUGAGAGCGGCGCAGAGCUCCGGAUCGCGAAAUGUUGGGAUGGAAGGCGCAGACUCCGACUCGCCGCCUCCAACAGGGGCAUGAAGUCCUGCUUCGCGGGUGUGAGAUCUCCGAGCGUGAACCGCUGCUGCCUUGGGAUAUCGCCGCGCGCUCUCGGGGAAACACGAUAAAGUGGGAAACGGUGACCGGCCCGCAGUCCCCGCAACAUGGCCUCGGCCGCUAAUGCGCCCUCCGAGCAGGGGAACGGAGACCCCGACCGGCCGAGAGUGACGCGGAGGAACAGGGGGGACUAUGCCCGCGGCGCACCGCUGGAUUUGGAGUAUCUGCAGCGGCCGAGCUACUGCGACGCCGGCUUCGCCUUGCAGCAGAUCACAGAGGGGAAGGCGACCGGGAGGAAGGCACCUCUAUGGCUGAGAGCGAAGUUCCAGAGACUUUUAUUCAGGCUGGGCUGUUACAUACAAAAGAACUGCGGAAAGUUUUUGGUUGUGGGCCUCAUGAUUUUCGGAGCUUUCGCUGUGGGCUUGAGGGCCGCUAAUUUGGAGACGGAUGUGGAGAAGCUCUGGGUGGAAGUUGGCGGGCGUGUGAACCAAGAACUCAAGUACACGCGACAGAAGAUCGGCGAGGAGGCCAUGUUUAACCCUCAGUUGAUGAUACAGACGCCGCGGGAGGAGGGAGCCAAUGUACUAACGGUGGAGGCGCUCCUGCAGCACCUGGAGUCAGCUAUCCGAGCCAGCAGAGUUCAUGUUAACCUUUAUAAAAGACAAUGGAAAUUAGAACAUUUAUGCUACAAAUCAGGAGAACUUGUCACAGAAACUCAUUAUAUGGAUCAGAUCAUAGAAAGGCUACAUCCCUGCCUCAUCAUCACCCCUUUGGACUGUUUCUGGGAGGGAGCCAAGCUCCAGUCUGGAAUGGUCUAUCUCCCAGGUAAAGACCCCCUUCAGUGGACCAACUUUGACCCUAAGGAUUUCCUCGAGGACUUGCGUAAGGCACGUAUCCCCGUGGAAGCCUUUGAGGAGAUGUUAGAAAAGGCAGGUGUUGGACACGGCUACAUGGAUAGACCCUGUUUGAACCCCGCUGACCCCGACUGCCCCCUCACCGCGCCCAACAAGAACUCGACAAAGCCAUUCGAUGUGGCGCGGACCCUGAGCGGUGGCUGCCAUGGUCUGUCCAGGAAGUACAUGCACUGGCAGGAGGAACUGAUCGUAGGAGGGACCACCAAGAACGGCAGUGGACCCCUGCUCAGUGCCCAGGCCUUGCAGACCAUGUUCCAGCUGAUGACUCCCAAGCAGAUGUUUGAACACUUUCGGGGCUACGAAGAGGUUUCCCACAUCAACUGGAAUGAAGAAAAGGCUGCAGCUAUACUGGAAGCCUGGCAGAGGAGAUACUCCGAGGCGGUGCUGCUGAGUGUGGCAGCAAAUUCGUCUCAGAAGGUCUUGUCUUUCACCACCACCACUCUGGAAGAUAUUCUCAAGUCCUUCUCUGAUGUGAGCGUCAUCCGUGUGGCUAGUGGAUACCUGCUGAUGCUGGCCUAUGCGUGUCUGACCAUGCUGCGGUGGGACUGUGCCAAGUCUCAGGGGGCUGUAGGACUAGCGGGUGUCCUGCUGGUGACACUGUCGGUGGCAGCUGGCCUGGGCCUCUGCUCUCUCCUCGGCAUCUCUUUCAACGCUGCAACCACACAGGUGUUACCCUUCCUGGCUCUGGGAGUAGGAGUGGACGAUGUCUUCCUCCUCGCUCAUGCCUUCAGUGAGACCGGACAGAACAAGAGGAUCCCGUUUGAGGACCGUACGGGGGAGUGUCUGAAGAGGACAGGGGCCAGCGUGGCUCUCACCUCCAUCAGUAACGUCACAGCAUUCUUCAUGGCAGCCCUCAUCCCCAUCCCUGCGCUCAGAGCCUUUUCUCUACAGGCUGCUGUGGUUGUGGUGUUCAACUUUGCCAUGGUGCUGCUCAUCUUUCCCGCCAUCCUGAGCAUGGACCUCUACCGCAGAGAAGACAGGCGUUUCGACAUUUUCUGCUGCUUCUACAGCCCAUGUGCCAAUCGCGUGAUCCAGAUCGAGCCCCAGGCGUACCUUGACGGGGCAGACGGGAGUCGUUAUAGCCCUCCCCCAUCAUAUUGCACCCCUCCUCCCUCAUAUCGUACUCCUCCCCCAAGCUACAGUAGCCCUCCUCCGUCCUACAGCAGCCAUGGCUUUGCCCAGCAGACGGAAAUCACCAUGCAGUCCACAGUGCAGCUCAGGACAGAGUAUGACCCCCGCACUCAGGCCUUCUACACCACAGCCGAGCCCAGAUCCCAGAUCUCCGUGCAACCCAUCAAUCCAGCUGCGACAAGGGGCAACGCGAAUGACUAUUACAGCAGCAACGCCAACGGGAGCAGGAGCAGCAGCGGCAAUCGGGGCAAUCUGAACAACAACAACAGCGGGAGCCGAAGCAACGGUGGAUCUCGAGGUUCCGCCACUUUCCCCCAUCAUCAUCCUGCACCUGCUCCCGCUGCUACGACCGCAGCCGCUAGCUCAGCUCCUCAGGGCGAUGCUGUGUCAUCGACAGGUCAGAGCCCCGAGAACAACAGCUCCACACGGAACCUGUUGUCCCAGUUCGGCGAAGCCUCGCUGGGCCUGCGCUGCCUGGAGCCUCCCUGCUCCCGCUGGACUCUGGCCUCUUUCGCUGAGAAGCACUAUGCUCCGUUUCUCCUGCAGCCCACCACCAAGGUGGUGGUAAUUGUGCUGUUCCUCUGCCUGCUGGGGGUCAGUCUAUACGGGACCACCCAGGUGAGGGACGGCCUGGAGUUGACAGACAUCGUACCCAGGGAGACCAGCGAGUACGACUUCAUCGGCACCCAGUUCAAGUUCUUCUCCUUCUACAACAUGUACGUGGUGACGCAGCGGGCGGACUACGCCCAGAAGCAGCCCCUCCUGCACCAGCUCCACCAGAGGUUCCACACUGUCCGCUACGUCCUGAAGGAGGACAACGGACAGCUGCCGCGCAUGUGGCUCCACUACUUAAGGGACUGGCUGCAAGGUCUUCAGCAGGCAUUUGACAAGGACUGGGAGGCUGGCCGCAUCACCCUCAACAGCUACAAGAAUGGCUCUGAUGAUGGCGUCCUGGCGUACAAGCUUCUGGUGCAGACGGGACGCAGAGACAAGCCCAUCAACUUCAACCUGCUGACUCGUCACAGGCUUGUGGACGCCGAUGGGAUUAUCAAUCCCGGGGCUUUCUACAUCUACCUGACCGCCUGGGUCAGCAAUGAUCCCGUGGCGUACGCCGCCUCACAGGCCAACAUUCGCCCACACCCUCCAGAGUGGCUCCAUGACCGUACUGACUCCAUGCCCGAGACACGCCUCAGCAUCCCAGCUGCCGAGCCUAUCGAAUACGCACAGUUCCCUUUCUACCUCAACGGGCUCCGCGAGACGCCACAGUUUGUGGAGGCCAUCGAGAGCGUGCGGGCUAUUUGCAGCAACUACAGCCGCCAGGGCCUGCCCUCGUACCCCAACGGCUACCCUUUCCUGUUCUGGGAACAGUAUGUUAGUUUGCGCCACUGGCUCCUGCUGUCCAUCAGUGUCGUGCUCGCCUGUACCUUUCUGGUCUGUGCCCUCUUCCUGCUCAACCCGUGGACCGCCGGCAUCAUUGUGUUGGUGCUCUCUCUCAUGACCGUGGAGCUGUUUGGCUUCAUGGGGCUGAUGGGAAUCAAGCUGAGCGCCGUCCCUGUGGUGAUUCUCAUCGCCUCUGUGGGAAUUGGAGUGGAGUUCACAGUCCACGUGGCCCUGGCGUUCCUGACGGCCAUAGGGGAUCGUCACAAGCGGGCAGUGCUGGCAUUGGAACACAUGUUUGCUCCGGUGCUUGAUGGAGCCUUUUCUACCUUGUUAGGUGUCCUAAUGCUUGCAGGCUCCGAGUUCGACUUUAUCGUCAGGUAUUUCUUUGCCGUGUUGGCCAUCCUCACUGUUCUGGGAGUCCUGAACGGACUGGUCCUCCUCCCAGUAUUACUAUCAUACUUUGGACCCUAUCCAGAGGUAACACCAGUCGACGGUCGCAGCCGGUUGCCGACCCCAUCCCCAGAGGCCCCUCCUCAUGUGGUCCACUUCUCAGUCCGUCCUCACCACACCACCACGGCCACCAACACCUCAGGUGCAGCUUCAGACUCGUCUGACUCGGAAUACAGCUCCAACACCACGGCGUCCGGCAUAAGCCAGGAGCUGCAGAACUACAACAUGCCCUCGCGCAGAGGUGGCACUCGAGCAGAGGAGCAGCAGUACCACAUCCACACCAGCAGGGGCAGAGCAGCCCGGCCAGAGGAGGAAAGGAGAGCAGGAUCAGGGCAUAGGCGCUCAGCCAGACAGCCUGAACCUCCAGCCUAUACUGUGUCUUCGUCCGUCUCCCCUCAGGGUUGUGAUUCUGGGCCCCAGCCAGGAGCUACUCAGCGCAACAGCAGCAGGAACCCCAAGAGCCAGCUGCACUGGCAGGUCCCACCCCCAGCCCGCCCGUGCACAGACGCUUUUGAAACUGCUACUGAGGCUGGGGGCCAUUAUGGCUCACACAGCCAUAGAGAACACACAGCAGGCCACAGAGCCCGCUCUUCCCACAACCAACAACCUAGUCACCACCUCCCACGACACCACCACCCGAACAUGACCCCAUACUGCCAACCCAUCACCACAGUGACAGCAUCAGCCUCCGUGACUGUUGCCGUUCACCCGGCCCCCUUAUCCAACCAGAGCCCCCCCACUUCCUGUUACCCAGGAUACACUGCAACGGACAGUUACUGCCCCUCAGGGCCGGAGGUGCCGGAGGCUGCUUUCCAGGACCCGCAUGUGCCACAGGACACCCAGAUGGGGGCCAGAGGAGUCGAGGUGGAGGCCAUGGAGCUCCAAGAUUUGGAGUUUGAGGCAGCUGAGACCAACCACAACCAUGGCAGAUGGGCUAGCUGAGUUGUGGGGAACGGCAGUACAACGGCCAAAGAUGGACUCCUCUCUCUUACUAAGCAGCUGACCUGGCCUGGCACAGCCCAGCCCUGCGACUUUGCAUAGCCCAGCCCGGCUCAACCCGCGGCCUGUAACAGCGAAAGACUUGCCAGUGUUGCCGUCAUGGUCAUGGUGCUCAUUCUUACUGUAACCCAGUGGACUAUUGUCUUAGAUCAUUUUAUCUAUAUUUAAAAGAUGUAUACAUAUGUAAAUAUGAACAAAAAGUAGCUAUAAUUUUAGGAGCCGUACAACUCCUCAUGGUAACAGACUGGGGCUGCCAUUUUAUAUGGUGUGUGUGCGUGUGUGUGCGUGUGUGUGUAAAUAAGAAUGUGUAUGAAAGAGAGAGGGAGAGAUAGAUCUCUGAUUACUGUUCACUCAUCUGUGGAUCUGUGCCAUUAGGAAGCUCUUCUUCUAGACAAAAAUACCUGCCAGCACUCACUGUUGCUGCUCAAAAUAUUUUUUUAAAUAAUAUACAUUUAUAACUCUAUGCAAAUGUCUCGUCAAACAAAAGAAGUGAUCUGUCUACUUGCGUGCGUGUGUGUGUGUGCGCGGCUCUAUGAUGUGAAACAGACCCAUUAUUUUCUGGCUUAUACAUCAGAUACAUCCUCAGAACAUCACUAACAUUUACACUCAUUUAAAACAUGAGGGAAAUUGUUAGAGUUAUCAAACAGGGCUAUGACAUAUAUUUUUGUGUGGAAUGUGUGUGCGUGUUUGUAUGCGAGCGUUGUUUCGUGCGUCUAUUAUUGUAUAAAGGUACGCAUCUUAAACUAUUAAUUUUUUUUAUCACAAACCUGUGGUAGUUAUGAAACAAUUACUGUUUAACUCGACACGCUAUGCGUGCUAUUUAAGAUGAGCAGAUAUGAAGAACUUUUAAAAGCUGUUUAUUUUUUUUUAUUUGUUUUUUUUAGUUAUGGCCUCUGCAUUGGAACCUGUUUCUGCUCUCAGCUUCUGAUCACUGUUAGGCUGCUCUCUGGUUUAAUUUUACUGUAAGAAGUUAUGUAUUGAUUGACCCUAGCAGGCUCAAAACAGGUGCUGUCAUGUGUACACAAGCAUUGAAACCACCUCAGAACUCACUCUGCCAUUACAGGGACCUUCACAUUACUGAUACCUGAUUCUGGAACAGGGUCAACACGGGGCGCCAACUCUGCACCCUACGUGACAAUGUCAAACGGAUAAGCUAAAGCUCAGACUGUAUACUGUACGACUCGGUUCAAACUUCAUUCAUUGGAAUAUCUCGCCUCAAGUAGCUCAUUUUUUCUCUCUGUCCAAUCAAUAAGCUAGCCCCUGCAGCCUGCCGAGGGCUAAACCCUAUAUGGCCUGACAGUGUGUCCUAUGUGUGUGUCAAUGUAUACAUGUAAACAUUUGUUUGUGAGUGUGUGAGUGUGUGUGUGUAUGAGUCCAUACUCUUAACCUCAGUUCUCCUGACAGUGACAGUAAAGAUAACUGGUCCCAAUUUGGCCUCAGCCAUCCUCGCUGACCUCAGCUCAUAAAAAUGCACAACAUUACGCUAUGACCCCCCUUUCCUAAUGCCAAAUGGCACGGCCCUUGACAUCAGGGGUGAGAGUUCACACUGCCAGCAUCUCUCUCAACUUGCAAUGGCCAGUUUUUAUCCAACAACCUCAACCCUUGAUUCUGGACUGUUUGGCCCCUUCGCCACCUCCCCCUCAAUCACCCCCUCCACACCUACAUUUACAUCCACCUUUACACUCUCGUUUCCUGUUGAACACACGUAGCCCCUCCUCCCAGAGGCCCUUAUCCCCCUCCUGUCUACCACGUACCGUCAGCUGCUUGCAUGAAAUAGGUUGUUUUAUUUGUUUUUCGUUUUGUUUUCUCCCAAUGUCACAUUGGCAGUGGCGGAGAGAAUCAUCGCUGGCAACUAUUUUAUUCAUUUUUAAAUGUUUGUUUUUUCUCCUCGUUCUUGUUCUCAAUAUUGAAUUGCGAUAUUUAUAUUUUUGUAAUAUAAAACAUGUUUUUUUUUUCAUUCAUUGUUGUUGUGAUGCCAGUGGAUAACAAAUGCAGGGAUUUUUAUGUCUAUUGAAAAAAAAACACUAUUACAGUUUAAUCUGUAUAAAGUGAUCUGUAUAAAGUGCUUACUAAUGUUAAAUAGGAAAAAAAAGAGUAUAUAACAUUUUACACUACAGGUCUCAUCAUAGCUCUUAGAGGAUUUUAAAAGGAAAAAAAAAUCAGUGGUUCUUCCAGACUACCAUUUUGGUCUUGGUUGGCAUGGAUGUAUGCUGUUUUCAGUUACAAAGAUAAAUGUAUGCCAUAUAAUUUAUUUAUAUGAAAAUUUAUUUUUGUAGUGUACAUAGUAGUUGUCAAGGUAUUUGACAGAAGUAUAUUUUUAAAGAGUUUAUAUGUAAUGAUAUACCAUAACAGAAAAACAAAACCUUAAGGUGCACACUUUCAUUGCUAACUGUCUUGUGAGACAACAUCAACACCUCCCCUUCAGUAUUACGUUCCGAUCCUUGGAGAGAGACAGCUGUUUCUAUGGGUUUGUCAAAGGCUAGCCAUGAAAGUAGAAAAUUUUACUAGCUCUCUAAAUAUUAAUGUUCAAACACUGAUAGAAUUCUAACAAAUAAAAAUAUUAUAACUUA